AUGUCCUGCUUACUUUUUGACCUGGCAAUAGAGCCGCUUGCAGCGUCAUUCAGGUCGUCCACGCUACGAGGUAUAAGCGUACCGGGCGGGCAAGAGAGGCUGAUAGCGAAGCUCUUCGCAGACGACACGACCGUGUACUUGUCGGAGGAUGACGACUAUGAGGAAAUGGAAGCAAUCACAUCGAAAUGGUGCCGAGCCUCGAGAGCGAAGUUCAACACCUCUAAAACGGAAGUACUACCUAUGGGAAGCCUGGAGUAUAGGACGAGACUAGUCCAAAGCCGCAAAAUGAAUGGAGCAUCGACAAGAAUCCCUGAGUCAGUACAUAUUGUUAAGGAAGGGGAGGCGAUCAGGUCCCUAGGAGCAUGGAUCGGAAACAACGCACCGGAAGCGACGCCAUGGACCGCGAUUAUCCGAACGAUAGAGUGUCGUCUCGAUAAGUGGAGCCAAGGAAACCCGACGCUCAAAGGGAGGCGCCUCAUCGCGGGGAUGGAAUUUGGCGGACGAACACAGUUCCUUGCGAUGGCGCAAGGAAUGCCGGCGGAAGUCGAGAAGAAACUAACAGACAUGGCUAUAAGCUUCAUAUGGAACGGUGAUAAACACCCCCGCAUAGCGAGAGACGUACUAUACUCGAAAUUUGGAGAAGGAGGAAUCAAGCUGCUGGACAUCAGUGCGAGAAAUGAGGCGAUCGACCUGAUGUGGCUCAAAGCUUACCUCGAUCUGACUAGAGACCGCCCC